UUCGUUGCGUCAUCGUAGUAGUACCGCUUCCGGUAUGGUGUGUUUCCAAAAUAACUCGUGAUUCGGACAGCACAGGUCAACAGGACGAGCGAUUCAAACCAUCUCCCCAACGGAUUAGGACGGCACCCUAGCUGUUCUAAAGAUGGAGCCUCUUUAGACCUCCUUGUGGAUCAUCAUGUGGAGGCUGCAAGGCUUCUUUAGUAGAGUACUCCACAGGUGCCAUGGCAACGCCCCCUUACGGCUGUCCCAGAACCACUGUGUGGAGGACGAGGUCGUCAAUGGCUCCAAUCUCCUCUCCAACUCUCUGAACACAACUGACAGCAGCUCCCAGAGAGAAAAAGAUGGAGGGAAGGGGAGGAAACAGAAGACCUCACGCUUCUGCCACACUGAGCUCCCUCGCUACACGGCUCUGGAUGCCGUGGGAUGGGGGGCCGCGGCCGCCCUGCUGAUGCAGAUCUGCAGGCGGCUCCACUCCCAGUGGUCCUCGGGGCCCGAGGCCGGACCCGGCCCAGCCGGGUCCGGCCUCCGAGCCUGGGCUUCUCCCGCGGCGCUGCACAAGUGUGGCUACCGAGUCCUGCUGGAGAUCUUGUCCAACCCAGACGCCUUUCCCAGAGCGGAGGGGGGUCUGUGUAUGCACAUGUUGCCAGAGGGUCAAGGCCAGGCUCAGCCUCAGCUCCACAACAUCAACAGAAGCAGUAGAAGCAGCGAAGACCUUGAGCACUUUUCCAUCGACAGUCUUCGAUCUGUCCACCAGAGGGCGGACUUGAGUCACGAUGGUUCUAUACAAGGUGCCGGUGUUCCUCUGGAGGUGUUGAGUGGGGGGGAGGGGCUGAUGGAGGCCGCCUCCACCCUGGGCCACGUGGGACACUCCAGCGUACCGGUGAUCCUGAACAUCAUCGGCCUGGACAGCGCCCAGACCCAGCACCACCAGCAGGCCUUCCCCUGCUUCGCGGCGGCGGCGCGGCGCGGCUACAGCCAGGCCCAGUACAACGCGGCCGUGUGCUGGGAGACGGGGCGCGGCGUGGCCCGGGACACGGAGAAGGUGGGCGCUGAACUCCCGCUGUACAGACCCCGCAGUGGGGGGGUCCAGGGUGGAACUGCUCCCUACUGUUACCCAGGGGAGGAGGGGGUGCGGCUUAGCGCUGGGCUGAAGGAGCUCAAGUGAAAGGCCCCAGCUUUGUCAGUACAUAAAGUACACACAGUGUCCUUCCACCAGCCAAUGGAGGACCGAU